AUACUUUUUUAUGAGUAGAGAGGGCCCUGGGCACUAGUAUCAUGAUAUCAUCAUAUUCAAUGCUUUUACCAAACUCAAACCUCUUCUUCUAGUUCACACCUUAACCUCCACCACCACUUUUCUUCAUCUCUUUCUCUCCUCCUUCACCGACAUCUCCUCCAAACUCCUCUCUCAGUUACUCUCAGGAUGGAAAGUGUUGAACUUUCGUUUAAAGAGAAAGCCGUCACCGACGGUUUCUCUGUUGACGACUUGCUUGACUUCUCAAACGACGACGUUUUCAUUGACGACGAAACUAAACCGAAGACAGGAGGAGUCUCAGUUUCCUCGAAUGACGAAAUUACCCUUCACCGGAGCAACGAAUUCUCCACCCCCUGUGAAGAUUUUGGCAGCGAGCUCGCCGUUCCGACGGAUGAUUUAGCGGAACUCGAAUGGUUAUCCAAUUUCGUGGAGGACUCUUAUUCCGCUCCGACGAAAAAACCGGUUUGGUUAACCGAAAACCGGAGACACCCUGUACCACCGGUUAACGAGGGUUCGUGUUUUAAAGCCCCUCUCCCGGUUAAAAUACGAACCAAACGACCAAGAACCGGAGUCAGUGUCUGGUCUCUCGGUUCGCCUUCAUUAACCGACUCGUCCUCAAGCUCUUCCUCCUCGUCGGCUCCUUCAAGUCCUCUAUGGCUCUCCGGCGCCGAGUUUCUCGAUAACAAAGCUGUUAAAAGACAGAAGAGGGCGAAGAAGGUUAGGGACAACAGUGGUCAGACGCAGACGCGGAGGUGUAGCCAUUGUGGCGUUCAGAAAACGCCGCAGUGGAGAGCGGGACCAAUGGGAGCGAAAACGCUUUGUAAUGCGUGUGGUGUGCGGUUCAAGUCGGGUCGGUUAUUACCCGAGUAUAGACCCGCUUGUAGCCCGACUUUCUCGAGUGAGCUGCAUUCGAACCAUCACCGUAAAGUCAUUGAGAUGCGUCAGAAAAAGGAGAUGUCUAGUGAUGCUGAUGAACCCGGUAUGAACCGGACGGUUCAGGCUGUGCAGAGUUUUUGAAAAAGAAUUUAGGAUCCGACCCGGUUAAGUUUUAGCAUUAACUGCUUUGAAAUACUGUUAUUUUCAUUAUUUUUUUACCUUUUUUCUGUAGUAGUCGCAGUAGUUUUUGUUUGUUUGUAGUAACUGGUCAGGUUUUAAAACUUUAAAACUCAUAUAUCCCUAUAUAUUAUUUGUUUCGCGUUAUAUUUCAGUUUUUUUUUUUUUUUUGCCUCGUGCAACGUUUUGAAUCUACUUUAAAACUCCUUUUUU